UACUCUCUCUCUCUCUCUGUUUCUUUCUUCCUUCAACAACACAUCAAAAACUUACAAAAAUGGGAUCCAAUAUCUUGUUUAAUCUGAUGCUCAUAGCUUUAUGUUUAUUACCGUUCGGUCACAGUCUCGAGAUGGGAGAAACAUGUAGCCCGAGCAGCAAAUGCGACGCCGGAUUGAGUUGCCAGAGUUGUCCUGCGAAUGGUAACACCGAGUCUACUUGUACCCGGAUCCAACCACUCAACCCGACUUCAAAGGUGAAUGGUUUGCCGUUUAACAAGUACUCGUGGCUAACUACACACAAUUCGUACGCAAUCACGGGGGCAAAUUCGGCAACUGGCUCAAUCUUGCUCUCCCCUAAGAAUCAAGAAGACUCAAUCACCAACCAGCUUAAGAAUGGUGUGAGAGGGAUUAUGCUUGAUACUUAUGAUUUUCAGAACGAUAUAUGGCUUUGUCAUUCCACAGGAGGGACUUGCUUUAACUUCACAGCCUUUCAACCGGCUGCUAAUGCGCUCAAAGAGAUUAAUGACUUUCUUGAAUCGAACUUAUCUGAGAUUGUUACCAUCAUUCUUGAAGAUUAUGUCAAGUCUCCUAAUGGUUUGACUAAGGUUUUCAAAGCAUCUGGAUUGAGUAAAUUCCAGCUACCACUUUCGAGAAUGCCAAAGGACGGUAAGGACUGGCCAACGGUGGAUGAUAUGGUAAAGCAGAACCAAAGGCUUGUGGUUUUUACUUCGAAGAAGGAUAAAGAAGCUUCUGAAGGUUUUGCUUACCAGUGGAAUUACAUGGUUGAAAACCAGUAUGGCAAUGAAGGAUUGAAGGAUGGAUCAUGCUCGAGUCGAUCUGAAUCUUCUCCAUUGGAUACCAAGUCUCGGUCUUUGGUGUUCCAGAACUACUUUGAAACUAAUCCUAAUACCACGCAAGUGUGUGCGGAUAAUUCCUCUCCAUUGAUCGAAAUGAUGAGAACGUGCCAUGGGGCAGCGGGUAAAAGGUGGCCUAACUUCAUAGCUGUCGAUUUUUACCAGAGGAGUGACGGUGGAGGAGCUGCUGAAGCUGUAGAUGAAGCAAACGGCCGUGUCACAUGUGGUUGUGACAGCUUAGCCUAUUGCAAGUCGAACGCACCUUUUGGAACAUGUGAUGCUCCUCCUCCAAAGUCGUCUCCCUCACCAGUCACUGGUCAAACUUCUAAAAGGGAUCCGACAAAUCUUCCUGUGGGUAAUGCUGGUUCUACAGCAAUUGGAUUGUCAUCUCUCAUUCUGAUCUCUGCGGCGACUCUCUUACUAUGGUGAUACUUCUUCGGUGAGCUCAGUUUGCUUUGAUAUGACACAAAUGUUUUUAUUCCCCUUAAUACAUUUCCACAAAAUGACCAAAACAUUCAAUACAUUAUUGGUGAGUAGAAGUUUUGAGAUCA